GUUGCUUCUCCAACUCCGAAAGUGCAUGCUUGAGAACCACACUUUGGCCCAGAAGUGAGCAGUCGAUACCAUGAGGCGGUCGUUAUGAAGGUGUUGCCUUUAGCCGCCGUUGUUGUAUUCGUUGGACGCUGUCUUGCAAGCGAGAGCGCCUUCAGCGUCAAUGAUGAUCUCUUUGCAUUCCCACAGUAUGCCGUAGAGUUCGCCGACUCCUAUGUUCUCGAGGCUGAUGCCUCCUUGCUGUCGAAUGGCGAUGGAGGCAAUCUCUUCUCCGACACGGCUCCGGCAACUUCGGACGUGAGUGACCUAUCCUCCAAAAUCAAUACCGAAGGUCACGAAACUGCGCCAGAAGCCGAAUCCUAUCCCCCUGGCACAUAUGAGCGCCUUCUGCUACACGGGUACCCCCAUCUGUGCUUCAUACCAGAGGCUAAAGCAGGCGUCAACAAUGGCACACGAGAGGAGCCAUCGGCGGCAGACCGCGAGAAAGAGCUGGAUCAUGCAGUCACUCGAGGGUCAGAGCUCCUGCAGGGAAUGGCUUCAAAUCAGUGCCUAUACUAUUCGACGGGAUGGUGGACGUACUCAUUCUGCUACAAUUCUCAGGUGACCCAGUUUCACGCUCUCCCGCCUGGUGCCAAUGGCAGAGUUUGGCCGCCGCAGGAGGAUCCCACCACUCCUAGUUACGUCCUCGGCAAGUUUGAAAUGCCAAAGAAGCCCGAGUCGGCUGGACCGAAUGAUCUGGCUCCGUCAACAGAGGUCAAGUCUCAAGCAGAAACAAAUUACUUGGUCCAGAGACUCGAAGGAGGAACUCCAUGCGAUCUCACUGGCAACAACCGCAAGAUUGAGGUACAAUUCCAUUGCAACCCUCAACUAACAGAUCGGAUUGGCUGGAUCAAAGAAACAGCCACCUGUGCCUAUCUGAUGAUGAUCUAUACACCACGAUUGUGCAACGACGUAGCCUUUCAGCCGCCAAAGGAGAGCCGAGCUCAUCCCAUUACUUGCAAAGAGAUUAUCACAGAAGACGAGGUCGCCUCGUGGGAUGCUGCCAUUGACGAGAGAAACACGCGGCAGACACUCGGUCAAGGCAAAUCGGCGCAAAUUGUGUUGGGCCAUAUCGAGGUCGGUGCCAUGAAAUAUGUUGGUCGUGAGGGAAAGAGGCUGGAAAGAGGACGCAUCGUACUUACACAGGACGAGAAGGCAGAGACGGUCAUCAUGCAGAAGGAUGGUCAGGUGUCGAGUUUGUCCGCCGCCGAACUCAAGAAGCUCGAUCUCAGUCCUGAGGAUGUCGAGUCCUUCCGCAAAGAGUUGCAAAAGCUCGCAGGCGCCAAAGACUGGAAGAUCGAGCGACUAGAUGAUGUGAACGGCCAUAUACAACUGCGAGGCAUUGUUUCAGCCGAAGACGAGGAUGAGGAAGAGCCUACCCAGACACCCAACACAGACAAAGACAAAGACGAAGAUGAGACAUCUGGCAGUCAGGAAGAGUACGUGGAGGAGGUGUGAUAAGCGGUCGCCUACGACCGCCAGUGCUCCUGGAAUACGUCCCUUUCCCAAGCCAUCAAACGCCCAGGUAGCGUUGAGGAGAGUUGUAAAAUACUAGCACAGUAAGAAGACACUUUGGCAUAUUGUUCUCCGCUCAUCCCAUUGUGAGAAAAUGAAUGUCCGUAUUAAUAUG